AUGACUGCUCAACAAGGCGCACCAAUAAAGAUAACCAAUAAAGAGAUUGCUCAAGAAUUUCUGGACAGAUAUGACACAUUUUUGUUCGAUUGUGAUGGUGUUUUAUGGUUGGGCUCCCACGCAUUACCAUACACCCUAGAAAUUCUUAACCUUUUGAAACAGUUGGGUAAACAACUGAUCUUUGUUACCAACAACUCUACAAAGUCUCGUUUAGCAUACACCAAAAAGUUUGCUUCCUUUGGUAUUGAUGUGAAAGAAGAACAAAUUUUCACUUCUGGCUAUGCAUCAGCUGUUUAUGUACGUGAUUUUUUAAAAUUAAAACCUGGUAAGGAUAAAGUAUGGGUAUUUGGAGAAAGCGGUAUUGGUGAAGAAUUGAAGCUAAUGGGUUACGAGUCUCUUGGAGGCACUGAUUCCAGAUUAGAUACGCGAUUUGAUGCAGCUGAAUCACCAUUUUUAGUAGACGGUCUUGAUAAGGAUGUUAGCUGUGUUAUUGCUGGGUUAGAUACGAAGGUAAACUACCACCGUUUGGCUGUUACACUACAAUAUUUACAAAAGGAUUCUGUUCACUUUGUUGGUACAAAUGUCGAUUCUACCUUCCCGCAAAAGGGAUAUACAUUUCCUGGUGCAGGUUCUAUGAUUGAAUCGUUGGCAUUCUCAUCUAACAGGAGACCAUCAUACUGUGGUAAGCCAAAUCAAAAUAUGCUAAAUAGCAUUAUAUCAGCAUUCAACCUGGAUAGGUCAAAGUGCUGUAUGGUUGGUGAUAGGCUAAAUACUGAUAUGAAAUUUGGUGUUGAAGGUGGGUUAGGUGGCACGCUGCUGGUUUUAAGUGGUAUUGAAACAGAGGAGAGAGCCUUGAAGAUUUCACGUGAUUAUCCAAGACCUAAAUUUUACAUUGAUAAACUUGGUGACAUCUACACCAUGACCAAACAAUGA